UUGCCGAGCAGUCUGUGGAUCCCGCGGGUUUUCCCGCGGCGCGCCCUGCCGCGCGACCCCCCGAUGGUGGGCCGCGACGAGGUCGACUGCUCGGUCUUAGUCCACCUGGGCGAGCUCGUGGAGCACGGGGAGGUCGGGCCCCGCAGGGGGGGCUUCGCGGCGCAUGGCCUGACCCGCGCGCGGCCCGAGCUGAGCGCAGGCUUGCCGAGGGCGAACCGCGCGCUGGUGGCCCGGCGCCGCGUGCGCGCGGCGGGCGACGGCGGACCUCAGCCGCUGGAGCUGUGGGCGGUGCUGCUCGAGACGAUGCGAGUCCCGGGGCGUGUCGAAGUCGCCGAGGGGUUCGAGCUGGCGCUGGAUGCCCACCCCCGCUCGGCCGAGCUCCUCGGCCUGCGAGUCGGGGGCGCGACGGUCACCGACGGCGCCGACGGCAACCCCCCAGCUGCGCCCUGCCUCGGCGCGAUCGAGCGGGGCAAGCGAGCCAUGGCAGGGGCGAAGCAGGGCGCCCUGAUUGAGCGUCAGCACGUGUCCCUGAUGGCACUGCGUCGGCGAAGCUCAGGGAAGCAGGACGAACGACUCUUCAGUAUGACGGCCGACCGCCACCGACGCGCCCCAUAG